ACCCCCCCAGCAGCCAUGCACGGCCAUGGGGGGAAACCUGGAGGUUUUGACGUCAAAGCCCUGCGAGCUUUCAGAGUGUUGCGACCCCUUCGGCUGGUUUCAGGAGUACCCAGUUUACAGGUGGUGUUGAACUCCAUCAUUAAAGCCAUGGUUCCCUUGCUCCACAUCGCUCUGCUGGUCCUCUUUGUCAUCAUCAUCUAUGCCAUCAUCGGCCUUGAGCUCUUUAUCGGCAAAAUGCACGCUACCUGCUUCGUCACUGGGUCAGAGGAUGAACCCGCACCGUGUGCGGUAAACGGUCAUGGUCGCACAUGUUCCAUUAAUGGUACCGAGUGCAGAGAGGGAUGGCACGGCCCAAACGGCGGCAUCACCAACUUCGACAACUUCAUGUUUGCCAUGCUGACAGUGUUCCAGUGCAUCACUAUGGAGGGCUGGACAGACGUGCUCUACUGGGUGAACGAUGCGAUUGGCUGGGAGACUCCAUGGAUCUACUUUGUUAGUCUGAUUAUUCUGGGCUCCUUUUUCGUCUUAAACCUUGUGCUGGGUGUGCUCAGUGGAGAGUUCUCUAAGGAGCGAGAAAAGGCGAAGGCCAGGGGAGACUUCCAAAAACUUCGAGAGAAGCAGCAGUUAGAGGAGGAUCUGAAGGGCUACCUGGACUGGAUCACGCAAGCGGAGGACAUUGACCCUGAUAAUGAGGAGGAAGAGGACGAAAGCAAGCGCAAUCGGGUCACUCUGGCUGACCUCGUGGACAAGAAGAAGAAAGGGUUUAGCUGGUUCAGUCAGUCCUCUGACACUCAUGCGAGUGUUCCAGCGAGUGAAACUGAAUCUGUGAACACGGAGAAUGAGAAAGGAGAGGAUGAGAAAACGACGUGCUGUGGCCCACUGUGCCAGAAAAUCUCAAAAUCAAAGUUCAGUCGGCGCUGGCGUCGCUGGAACAGAUUCUGCCGCAGGAAAUGCCGCUUGGCUGUGAAAUCGGUGCCGUUCUAUUGGCUGGUGAUCAUUCUGGUGUUCCUCAACACUCUCACCAUCUCAUCAGAGCACUACAAUCAACCUCUCUGGCUCACACAAGUACAGGACGUGGCCAAUAAGGUCCUGCUGGCGCUGUUCACGUGCGAGAUGCUGGUGAAGAUGUACAGUCUUGGUCUGCAAGCCUACUUCGUAUCACUUUUUAAUCGCUUUGACUGUUUCGUCGUAUGCGGCGGCAUCACGGAGACGAUCCUAGUGGAACUGGAAAUCAUGUCUCCACUAGGCAUCUCUGUGUUCCGCUGCGUACGACUCCUGAGGAUCUUUAAAGUGACACGACACUGGGCAUCUCUUAGUAACUUGGUGGCAUCUCUGUUGAACUCCAUGAAGUCUAUCGCCUCCCUGCUGCUCCUGCUCUUCCUCUUUAUCAUCAUCUUCAGUCUGCUCGGGAUGCAGGUGUUUGGUGGCAAGUUCAACUUCGACGAGACGCAGACCAAGAGGAGCACCUUUGAUAACUUCCCCCAGGCCCUCCUAACUGUGUUUCAGAUUCUGACAGGCGAAGACUGGAACGCAGUGAUGUAUGACGGCAUCAUGGCGUACGGCGGCCCUUCAUCAUCAGGAAUGAUCGUGUGCAUUUAUUUCAUCAUCCUCUUCAUCUGUGGAAACUACAUCCUGCUGAAUGUCUUCUUGGCCAUUGCUGUGGACAACUUGGCAGACGCUGAGUCUCUCAACACGGACAGUGAUGACAAGAAGAAAGACGAUGACAAGAAUGAUGAAGAUGAGAAGGGUCCAGAGGAUGAUGAGAAGGACAAUGCAGAAGAUGAGGAGGAUGAGCCGGAGGUUCCAUCAGGGCCUCGUCCUGCCAUCUCCGAGCUGGUGAAGAAAGAGAAGAUAAUACCCAUCCCAGAGGGCAGCGCAUUCUUCAUCUUCAGCAACACUAAUCCGAUUCGUGUUGCGUGCCACAAGCUUAUAAACCAUCACAUCUUCACCAACCUCAUCCUCGUCUUUAUCAUGCUGAGCUCCGCCUCCCUUGCUGCUGAGGAUCCAAUCAGAAACUUCUCUACCCGCAACAUCAUACUUGGUUACUUUGACUAUGCCUUCACGGCUAUCUUUACUGUAGAGAUCGUGUUGAAGGUCCUAGGCUAUGCAGAUUAUGUCUUCACUAGUAUGUUUACGUUUGAGAUCGUUUUGAAGAUGACGACCUAUGGAGCGUUUCUCCACAAAGGGGCGUUCUGCAGGAACUACUUUAACCUGCUGGACCUGCUGGUGGUGGGCGUAUCUCUGGUGUCCUUUGGAAUACAAUCUUCAGCCAUCUCUGUGGUGAAGAUUCUCCGUGUACUGAGAGUGCUGAGGCCUCUCAGAGCUAUUAACAGAGCCAAAGGACUCAAGCAUGUGGUCCAGUGUGUGUUUGUGGCCAUCAGGACCAUCGGCAACAUUAUGAUCGUCACCACUCUGCUGCAGUUCAUGUUCGCCUGUAUCGGAGUGCAGCUCUUUAAGGGGAAGUUUUACCGCUGCAAUGAUGAGGCCAAAUCAAGCCCAGAGGAGUGCAAGGGCACGUUUAUCCUGUACAAAGACGGAGACGUGAAUCAGCCCACUAUUCAGAAGCGCUACUGGCACAACAGCGAGUUCAACUUUGAUAACGUGCUCAUGGCCAUGAUGGCACUCUUCACUGUGUCCACAUUCGAGGGCUGGCCAGCGCUUCUCUACAAAGCCAUCGACUCAAACAAGGAAAACUUUGGUCCCAUCUAUAACUACCGUGUGGAAAUCUCCAUCUUCUUUAUCAUCUACAUCAUCAUCAUCGCCUUCUUCAUGAUGAACAUCUUCGUGGGUUUCGUCAUCGUGACUUUUCAGGAACAGGGAGAGAAAGAGUACAAGAACUGCGAGCUGGACAAGAACCAGCGGCAGUGUGUGGAGUAUGCGCUGAAAGCCCGGCCUCUGAGGCGGUACAUCCCUAAAAACCCCUACCAGUACAAGUUCUGGUAUGUGGUGAACUCCACUGGCUUUGAGUACAUCAUGUUCGUCCUCAUCAUGCUCAACACACUUUGUCUGGCAGUGCAGCACUAUGGGCAGUCUCAGUUGUUUAACUAUGUAAUGGACAUCUUGAACAUGGUCUUUACUGCAGUCUUUACUGUGGAAAUGGUCCUCAAACUGAUCGCCUUCAAACCCAGGGGCUAUUUUGGAGACGCAUGGAAUGUGUUUGAUGCUCUGGUGGUGAUCGGCAGCAUAGUUGACAUUGUGCUCAGUGAGAUUGAUCAUUAUUUCACUGAUGCUUGGAACACGUUUGAUGCCUUAAUUGUAGUUGGUAGCGUCGUAGAUAUUGCUAUCACUGAAGUCAAUAACACAGAGGACAGCGCCCGCAUCUCCAUCACGUUCUUCAGGCUGUUCCGAGUGAUGCGAUUGGUCAAGUUACUCAGCAGGGGGGAGGGCAUUCGUACCCUCCUGUGGACCUUCAUCAAGUCCUUCCAGGCUUUGCCAUAUGUCGCAUUGCUGAUCGCCAUGCUGUUCUUCAUCUAUGCUGUCAUUGGCAUGCAGAUAUUCGGAAAGAUUGCCAUGGUGGACGGCACACAGAUCAACAGGAACAACAACUUCCAGACUUUUCCACAGGCUGUUCUGCUGCUCUUCAGAUGCGCCACUGGUGAAGCAUGGCAGGAGAUCAUGUUAGCAUGUAUGCCGGGUAAGCGUUGUGACCCGGAGUCAGACUACAGCCCCGGAGAGGAGAUGACCUGUGGCAGCAGCUUCGCCAUCGUCUACUUCAUCACAUUUUACAUGCUCUGUGCAUUCCUGAUCAUUAACUUGUUUGUGGCUGUCAUCAUGGACAACUUUGACUAUCUUACCCGUGAUUGGUCCAUUUUGGGCCCACAUCAUCUUGAUGAGUUUAAGAGGAUAUGGUCUGAAUACGAUCCAGAGGCCAAGGGAAGAAUAAAGCAUUUAGAUGUGGUGACUCUAUUGCGGCGCAUUCAGCCUCCUCUGGGCUUUGGAAAGUUGUGUCCACACAGAGUAGCAUGCAAGCGGCUAGUGGCCAUGAACAUGCCUCUCAACAGUGACGGCACGGUCAUGUUUAACGCUACUCUGUUUGCACUGGUGAGGACCGCCCUGAAGAUCAAAACAGAGGGUAACCUGGAACAGGCCAAUGAGGAGCUACGGGCCGUCAUUAAGAAAAUCUGGAAAAGGACCAGUAUGAAGCUGCUUGACCAAGUGGUGCCCCCUGCUGGCGAUGAUGAGGUAACCGUGGGGAAGUUCUAUGCCACCUUCCUGAUACAGGACUACUUUAGGAAAUUCAAGAAACGUAAAGAGGAGGGACUGGUCGGCGUGCAUCCUGCACAGAACAACACUGCCAUCGCACUCCAGGCUGGUCUCCGUACGCUGCAUGAUAUUGGGCCCGAAAUCCGCCGUGCCAUAUCAUGUGAUCUCCAGGAUGAGGAGCUAGUAGACUUUAUGCCUGAGGAAGACGAGGAGAUUUAUAGGCGAAACGGCGGCCUUUUCGGCAAUCAUGUCAACCACAUCAACGGAGACCAUCGCCGAAGUUCUGGGCAUCAGACUAAUGCCACCCAGCGCCCCCUACAGGUCCAUCCACCCCCACACUAUGCCCACAUGGAACAGCCCGUGGGCCGGCUGGGCCGUGCUAAAGCCAUGGCGCACCAUAACCAUCAUCACCACCACCAUCAUCAUCACCACAAUUCCUACGGCAAGUCUCCCAAGUCCACCAACAUCAACCUCAACAAUGCUAACGUGUCCAGCCUGCCCAACGGAGGUCACAGUCGCUACUACCAACACAUACCUGCAAAUGGAUACCCAGGAUCGUACUACCCCGGGGAUUAUGAAAAGCCUCGGACGCCGCAUGGACAAAGAAGGCGCUACUAUGAGACCUAUAUUAGGUCACACGGCAACGAAAGACGCUGCCCGACCAUUCGCCGUGAGGAAGAGUACGAAGAAGACCGAUACUCUGGAGAGUACUACAGUGGAGAGGAGUUUUAUGAAGAUGACAGCAUGCUGUCAGGGGAAAGGUACCCCAACAGUGAUCAGGAGUAUGAGACGCCUCGUGGGUACCAUCACCCCGACAGUUACUAUGACGACGAUGAGCAGCCCCUUUACCACGAUUCACACAGGUCACCAAAGAGACGGCUGCUUCCCCCGACACCUCAAGGCCACCGGAGGCCCUCGUUUAACUUUGAGUGUCUGCGUAGACAGAGCAGUCAGGAUGAUCUUCCUCACCAGCGAACUGCUCUUCCGUUGCAUCUUAUGCAACAUCAGGUGAUGGCAGUAGCAGGACUGGACUCGAGCAGAGCCCACAGACUCUCACCUACUCGCUCCACCCGCUCAUGGGCUACCCCUCCGGCCACACCGGCCAGCAAAGACCGGACCCCCUACUACACACCCCUGAUCCGAGUGGACCGCCCGCUCCGGGACAGCGCCAGCAGCAGCCGUUCCUCGGUGAGGAAAAGCUCAUGGUACGACCCGGAAUACCAGCAGAGCAGCUAUUCGCCUGUGCAUCUGCAGAUUCCACCUGAGUACCGGAACCAGUACCACCAGAAGAGAGGCAGCGCCACCAGUCUGGUCGAAGCGGUUCUGAUAUCAGAAGGACUGGGUAGAUACGCUAAGGACCCAAAGUUUGUGGCGGCCACGAAGCAUGAGAUCGCAGAUGCCUGUGACAUGACCAUCGACGAGAUGGAGAGCGCCGCAAGCCACCUGCUGAACGGCGGAGUCACGCCAGGGGUCAACGGGGUCAACGUUUAUCCCAUCCUAGGUCACAGAGACUACGACAUGCAGGACGUUUCGGCCAGCUACAGCGACGAGGAGCCAGAACCGGAACCUCGGCCUCAGUACGAGGAGGACCUGGCGGACGAAAUGAUAUGCAUCACCACAUUAUAGCGUUCGGUUAGCGUCUGAUGCUAACCGGCUCGCGUGUUCCUAAACAAAAACAAAAUGCAUCUAUUGGCUCAUAACCAAAAGAAGUGCCUUUACAGUGCAGUAGAAAGGCACCUGGAGUAAGGACACACUGGCCCCGCCCACUCGCUUCCUAUUCGCCAAGGGGCCAGGGAGGAGUCACGUUGUCAGGUGACAGUGUUCCACUCUAUCAGACUGCUGCUGAUGAUGAUGAUGCUUUGGAGAUCGCCCCUGAUUUGAUGAAGCUGAACUAGCUGAGUGGCUGCCUGUGCUGUCACUGCAGGCCAUGGACCAAUGAGCAGUGA